AUGCCUAUCAUCAUCAUGCCCUAUGCCUAUGGGCGAUAUGCAACAGUGGAACGAAGAGCAAAGAUCUUGCAAGGAGAACAGUACACCCCUAUUCCAUCAGAUGUAGAAUUUGAAGAAUUACUUGUACAUGAGAUAGGGCUACGAUUCCCAGCAUACAAGUUCAUAGAGAGUCGAGACGGCUGUAAGAAAGUACUUCAGAAGCCUGUGUUCCAGUUACCUACUCCAGCUGGAAACCUGUGGCCACUAAUCAUCAUAGAACAGAAUGGGUUGCUAUUUUUGUGUCUACCAUUGGUAGAUGUACAAGGUGUAUCGAGACCACCGCUCAUCCAAAUACCCGGAAUCUCUGUUGGGUUCUCUUUGGUGCUAUCUCUGGCUGACUAUCUGGGACCCCUAACUCAUAAUACAACAGAGACUUCAGUAAGGCUUAUUGAUGCAUAUAAAUAUCUGUGUGAGGCAGCCCCAUUUGGAACACCUUUAAACACCAGUGGUGCACUGGUGCAUCAGUUACUCGACAGCAAGCCCUGCUCUGGAAGCCCGUCGUUAAGAAGCCCAGCUUGGAGACCAGUACCGUAUAAGGGAAAGCCACAGGUGUACAUCAUUAUCAGUGAGCAGGUACGAUGUGCUCAGUACGACAAAGCAGGAGUCGAUGAUGUUUGGGCGGUGUAUGGCACGGUGUCGUGCAAGGCUGAGCUUAAUGGUGCAGCACCCGAGGUCUCUCUGGGAUUAGACUAUCAUCGUGCAGAUUGUGCUACACCAAUCCAGGAUCUUGUGCUUCACCCAUGUGCUCAUUGUUCAUGGAACCAAACACUCACUGGGAUAGAGGACUCUACGCUGUUGCCAACGAUGGUCUGCUUCACUCCCCCUCCAGAGAUGUUCGUACUGUGCCACUACACAGCAAACAUGUGUCAGCUGCCGAUCCGAGGCUUUUACCAGAUGAGGGAAAUGGAAUCGUCAGUCACGAUCAUGCUGCAGGUGAAGUUGAACCCUUCUGUGCAGAACUAUUUUGACUACUGUGAGGUGCAGAUGCCAUUCUACAACAGGGGCGAGAUUACCCAUGUGGAUUCUACUGUAUCAGUAGGCAAGGUAGUGACAUCUAAUGACAAAAGGAUACUUGUAUGGAAUAUAGGUGAAAAAUUCCCAUCGAACACACUAGAGGCCUCACUAAGUAGCACUCUGAAGUUCUCUAGCAUGUCAACACCUAGCAACACAUAUGAGGAUCCUUUCUGCACAGAAUUAAAUGCAUAUGCCAAGGUUGUGUUCAAGGUCAGUAAUUACACACUAUCAGAGUGCUGGGUAGAUGUAAAAUCCAUCAGCAUAUCUCCUUCUGCCAAAGCCAAGGUGUUAACAGCUCGUGAUGUGUCAAGUAUUGACUACAGGAUCUGGAAUUCUCAUGGAAAUGCACCGAUUGCAGAUUGUUCGCAGUCGUGAUUCUAGAAACCAUAUUGUGUUUCAUACGCAUACAUUGUGCAGAAUACUUACCGGUAUUUAGUGAAAUAUAUAGGCUCUAUGCAUCACUUUUUUUUACAACAGUUGGGGGUAUGAUGGGUGAUUAUACACCAAUACAUGUCUGAUCAUCUCUAAUGCGUUUUUGGAAACGUUAUGGAUAUGUAAUGUGACUGAAAUUAAAGCACAUAACACCAUCCAACUACCCGACAUUUAUAAUACAUCUGUUUAAUGUAUUAAUUACAGUUGUAAAUUGUAUACAUCUUACACUGGGAGUUACAUGGGACUUACAUCUGUUACUCUGUUUAUGUAAGAGAGACUCGGGAUGCAUGGUGUCCUAAGCUCCUAGAAAAUGUUUUAUGAACUAUUUUGUGAUAAAAACGGCAGAAUUAUAUAUAAAUCAAGAGAUUUUUUAAAUUCUGUGUUUAUUCCCUAUGUCAUGGUUUUUGAGUGAUUAUUUCUCCCUGAAAAUUAUUAGUAUGGGAAAAAUGUUGCCCACUUUGCAAUUUUGACUGUGAUGAAGUGCGUUACGAGAAAAAGGCAGUGCCUAGUGUAGAUACAAAUAUAUAACAGAGCAGAGUAGGUUAUACCUCUGUAUCGCUAGUCCUGUACUAUGAACUGUGACAUUCCCUUCCAUAUCAUGCCAUAUCGUGUCAAUUGUGCAGAGGAUGUAAUUAAACUACAUUUUAUUAUCCCUGACAGCAAUUGAUAAUGGAUUUAAAAUUGAAAUUAUUUUUCAAUUUAAAACCUGCAAGUCUUGUGUAAUGAAAUUACGUUUCAUUCUGUAAUUAGGUUUGACUUUAUAUGCUCGUAGUGCUAAAUCCAAUAAAUAUCAGUUUAGAUUG